GAGCUGCGCCCCGAAGCAGCUCUUAGCAAGGGCGCCAUAAUGGAUAGGGAAAAAGUACCCCUUCGUUCUCGUAAACGAAGCAAGUUUCGAUUCAUUUAAGCCCAUAAAUCCACGUAUAAGGGUGGUAUCGGGAACAUGGUGAUAUUUGUUUUCGUUGUCGAUACCUCUGCGUCUAUGAACCAGCGAACGUCUAUUGGCACUACGUUGCUUGACGUCGCCAAAAAUGCCGUGGAAACCUUCACAAAGCUUCGGCAACGAGAUCAAGCGAGUAGAACUGAUCGAUAUAUGUUGGUGACGUUGGAGGAGCCGCCAGGAGCAAUAAAGGCUGGUUGGCGAGAAAACCAAGUCACAUUUAUGAAUGAAUUGAGGAAUCUUCAAGCAAAUGGUCUGUCAACUCUAGGAACUGCCUUGAAAGAAGCAUUUGAUCUUUUGAACUUGUACCGUCUCCAUUCAGGGAUUGAUAACUAUGGAAUGGGUCGAAAUCCAUUUUUUGUAGAGCCAGCUAUGGUUGUUUGUAUUACAGAUGGAAGUAAACUUUCUUCUCAAAGUGGUGUUCAGGAAGAGCUUCAUUUGCCUAUGCACACAACUUUACCAGGACAUGAGUUAACUGCAGAGCCAUUUCGUUGGGAUCAGCGGUUGUUCUCAAUCAUACUUCGCAUGGCUGGAACAAGAAGUUCAAUGUUGGGAAAGAUGGGAAUGCAAAAUAUUGAACCUGCCAUUGCUGCUAUGUGUGAUGUUACAGGAGGGCGAUGUUACAAGGUUACUUCAUCAAAGUCCUUAGGACAAGCAUUGGAAUCUCUUGCACAGAAAGUGCAGUGUGGUGUGGUGAUGAACUUUGAGAAGAUUGGAGGAGCCAGUAAUCUUCCUCCUCCACCCCCAGAAGUUUCAAAGAGCAACAUGGCUGAUGCACGGGAGACAGAUUCUCCAACUCCACCCCUACAUAAUCAUGUGAUGAAUAAUGUGGACCUUUCCAAGGAGGACGCAAAAGAGAAGAACUCCCAUGGUAAUGAGGAAAACCAUGUAACUGGAAAAAUGGAUGGGUCAACAGCCAGGAAUCAGCAGGUUGGAAGUAACCAUCUUUCCCCCCCAUCUAUGAACAACUCUUUGCCUGAGGACUCUCCUGGUGCCAUGGGGAUGCCAAGAUCAAUCACAAGCUCCCCUGUUCCACCAAGUGUGCAGUCAACUGCAUGGAUGAGUUGUCGCAGGAUGAUCUAUAUCAAAUCCUCUCCUCCGUCUGGGCAUUGGCCAGUACCAGAAUCUUUCUGGCCUGACCCAUCUAUGCAAACACUGCCUUCAAGAGAUGCCCACCCCAAUGUGUUGUUUUCUUGCAAUAAUUCUGAACCUAUGGUUCUUGAUAACUUGCCAUUUGACAAAUAUGAGUUGGAGCCAUCACCACUCACUCAAUACAUUUUAGAGAGGAAAUCACCAUCGACCUGUUGGAUGACUUUCAUUCAUAACAGUUAUAAGAAAUCAGGUGAAGUGGGACAUCCCUUUGGAUAUCUAAAGGCAAGCAGUAAUCUUCAAACAGUGAAUCUGUUUGUUAUGCCAUACAAUUUUCCAGUGCUGUUUCCUGUAAUAGAUGAACUUGUGAAAGUUCUCAAGAUGAAACCAACUCCAAAAUGGAAGGAAAAGUUUGAAAACUACCUUUCUACAAUGCCUAAUUACUAUGCUGGGCCUCUUCGCAAUGCAUUUCGUCGCAUGGGAAUCCCACCCUCGUUUGUUCCAGAUCACUUGGACUCUUUCCUAAGUUACACAGUGGUGAAUUAUCUCAAGAAAGUCAAACAGCAGAGUAAAAUGGAGACAGAGAGACUGAUUUCUCUUGUUGGCAAAAACCCUGCAAGGGAAACUGUUCCAAGACCACUUUUAAGUGUACGGACACCCCAGCUACCCAAAGCCAAGAAACAAGACUUUCAUGCAUUGUUACACAACAGAAAUUUUUCUACUAGCUCUGAAGAUCACAGAAUAUCAAGUGAGACUGAUAUCAGUAUCCCCAGUGCCUCACUGCAUAACGUUAAACAGAGUGUCAGAACCCAGAGCUACAAGAAUCCAUUUGACAUUUCAAGACAAGAACUUCUAGAUCAAGUAUCACGGAUGAGAAUAAACUUUUUCCACACUGCAGCAACAUCAACCAGACUACAAGAUGAAGAUGCCCGCCACAGUGUUGCAAUUGCAGAAAUGGGAAAUUAUCAAGAAGUACUGAGGCAGAUGAGUCCUUUGCGUGAAGUUGAUCCAGGACAAAACAGGGUGCACAUGUUUGGAAACCCUUUUAAGCUGGCAAAAGAUCAGCGAGUUAUGGUUGAUGAGGCAGAUGUUAAUGAAGCAAUGGCAGGUCCUCCAUCACGUAAAAGGCCUCCUAUAGAUAACAGACCUGGAUCUCCAAGGGACAGAAAGAGACAACAGGAAACACCUCCUGUGAGGUGGCCUAAUAAAGCAACUCAAAAUGGAGGAAAUUCUUUAAUACCCCCUCUGAACAACAAAGUACCUUCUGACAAAAACUUAAUAUCUCAGGAUGGAAAAACGAACAAUGCCUUUUCAGGGAGACAUCAUGGAUUACAUGCAAUAAAACGGAAGCUGAGUGAAGGAAAUGACAGAGAACACAAGUCCCUGAAGUCUUCAAAAGGUUCAAUUAAACCACAACUCGCAAUACUACAACAGCAACACAAUAAAGGAAAGUUUAAUAAGAAACUUCAACCUUCAUCAAAGACUGAUGCAAAUAAUUCUUCCAAGAAUGAUUUUGUCUCCUCAAUUUUAAAGGAAGCUGUGACUUCACAAACUAGAACGUUUUCAGGCCAAGGGCGGCCAGUUAUGAAUUCUAAUGAAGGCAUGCUGGAUAAAAACAAACUUACAAACUCAGAAGUGGCAGAAGUGCUUGCUGAUGAAGUUGUGAAAGAAAGACCUAAGGGCCCAUCUCCAAGGCUGCUUAAAAAGCAACUUGCUCGUGAAGCCUCUGAAGAAAACAGGCUAAUACGAAACCGUAUAUUUAAGGAAAUCAGACGACCAGAGAUAAGUGAUGAAGAUAUCUUUGAUCAUGUUUUAACCUUGAAAGGAUCACUUGAAGUGCAGGGCUCCUUCGUACAAGAAAUUAUUGAAGAGGCAACCCUCUUCAAGAAGAAAUCGUUGAUCGAAAAGCUUUCAUCUCACCUCACCAGCUUAAUAGAGAGAGACUCUCCCAAAUCUGAUGAAAUUGAACUUUCAGAGAAAAAAAGAUAGCACAUGUUUUACAUUGCCAAAUUGGAAGUGUGGAAAACUGCUGUCAAUGUCUCUGGUCAUAUUUUGUGGAUGAAAUUGAUAAAAGCACUUAUUGAGUUGCAUCAACUCAUUUUAUAACUGUAAAUUACUUCUUGCUUAAAGCAACAAUAGUUGUGAUUUCAGUCACAAUUUUCUAGUUCCUCUUUCACAUAAUUCCAGCACCACUUUAGUCAUUUGGGUGAAUAAUUGCAUAAAACUUCCAGUAGCUGCUUUUGUUUCUAAAACAAGUUGAAUUACAAAUUCCUAAAAGUAAAGUGUCACUGUGACAUGACACUAAACCACAUAUUUGUAAGUUGUGUCGUGCUAGUUGUGCAUGCAUCAGUAUGUCUCCCUUUGGAUUUGUACUUCAUGGCUUUUUGAUAACACCAAUUUUUCCUCCUUUUGGUAGAGUCAUUCAUGACCAUAAUGUUAUUACUGUCAGAAAAUAAAGCAAACAAUUUAAUAA